AUGGAGGAGGACACCGAUCGCCUGGACUCCGAAGAUCAGGGGGCAGCGCCAGGGCAAAAACAAGGCCAGGGGGGCGAGCACAAUGAGGACGAGCGACGAGUAAUGGAAGAAGAAGAAGACUGCGCGGACAAGAGUGCCGACCAGCCCCAAGACGAAGCAGUGGACGGUGCGGCGGCCGAGGACAGUGUUGCGGGGGCCGAAGAGGAGGACGGAGAAGAAGGGGAAGAAGAGGAGGAUGUGGAAGAGUCAGAACACCGCCCACCCAUCCUUGACGGACGCAACAUAAUCUUCAAAACGCGGUUGUUGAGCGGGUUCCUCGUGUGCCAGCUGUGCAUGGGCGUCCUACGCGACGCCCACACCAUCCGGGAGUGCCUCCACACAUUCUGCAAGAGCUGCCUGUACAAGUACUUCCAGACGACGGCCGACUGCCCGCUCUGUGGGGUCGAUCUCCGACCCAACCCGUUCGAGCGCAUCAGGUUCGACCGCACCGUGCAGACGAUCGUGAACAAGAUCUUCAGCGACCUCAUCGAGAAGGACAUCGCCAAGGAGGCCCACUUCUAUCGCUCUCGCGGCAUGAUCCAAGAAGCCGAGCGGGUGGAGGGCAUUCUGCUCAAGACGCAGGAGAGCAAGGCGCCCCGAACGGCGGAGGUGGCGCGGCCAGCGAAUAAGCGGCUGAAGCGAGACCCGUCGAAACCCAUCUACAAGGACGAGGUCGCCUUCGAGCUCACACUCGACGAAGGGGAGCCGGGGCUGCAGCAGCUGGAGAAGCCCGUCAUCCGCACGUCGGCGCGAGUGACCGUGCGGCACCUGAAGAAGUUCGUGGGCAUGAAGCUCGCCAUCCCCAACCUGCACGACCUGGAGAUCACGUACCGGGGCGAGGUACUGGGCACGGAACACUCCCUCGAGUACAUCCUCAAAACGCGCGGAUACGAGGGUGGCGCCAUUGAGUUCAAGUACCGCAAGCGGAAGAACAUCAUGUGA